CGAGUUCAGUCGCAGUCGCGCUCUCGCUGCAAGCACCGUCACUUCCGGUCGUUCACCACACUCACACGUGCGAAACGUUCUUCCUAUCACCGCGCGCAGUUUUUCAUCGUUUGCUUUUUUUCGUCCGUGUGCCGUCCGCAAUUUCCUUUUAAUUGGAGAUAAUGGCCACCUACGCUGCCUACAGACACAUUGAGCUCGACAAGGUUGGCUACAGCAAAAAGAGGGUUCGCAACCCACCGACCGAAAUCCACAGCGUCUUGGCUACACCACCCUCAAGUGGAAAACAAACCAAUGGACGCACCGUUGUAGAUGGAGCCAGUACUCCAAGACGUCGUGGUUCUGACUCCUUCAAUCGUUUAUUUGGCGAAUCUGGAAUUCAAGUCGCUACACCAAGGCGUGCAUCUCUUACUAAGCACGAUGUAAAAAAUCGUAAUCCAGUCACUGGCAAUGGCGUCCAAACAUGGGAGAACAAAGCUAAUCGCUCACCGAAAGUUCACUCAGAGAGAAACCCAGUCACUGGUGAAGUGUAUCAAAUCAUUAGCCCGGCGACAACGCCCACUAAGCCGAUGACCAAUGACUUCCCGAAGAUGAAUGGAAACGCUGAGCUUCCUGCUGGACCGGUGACAAACGGCCAGGCCUAAAAUACAAGCCACAGCACUCCAGCGAGACGCGUAUUCUUUGCGUAUUACUAAAUAAGAUGAUGCACCAACCCCUUAACACACGCCCAGCCCUAUCUAUCCAUCCUCCCAACAAAAAUAUUGUAUGCCUUAUUGAAAGUAUUUAAUACGAGCAGCGAACUAGUUAAUGCUAGUUGAUACGAAAUAUUUACAAUGCCUUAUUACUACAUUAUUACGACUACUAAUAAUUAAUUAUUAUAAUUACGAGAUGAGAAAACUUGUAGUGCAUAUGGAUGAUAGAACAUGAACAAUUAUUUAUAAAGAAACGUAGCGAAUAAUCCGAAAACGAUAAAUGUUUACAAAUAAGAUGAUAGAAACAAAAACAUGAAAAAAUAACAAAAUAUGAAGCAAUGUUACAUGUAGUUUAUAUAGUGAGUUAUAUAAUCUUAUGAGUACUUUUUUGUAUUAAUAAAUUUUUAUAUAUCAUAAUAA